AUGCCUCAAGGAACUGGAACCCUGACAAGCGACAAAGGACGAGUCCUUGGUCAAUUUGAAGUCGAAGGCGCUCAGUAUAUUUUCGUGGGAAACCUGACUGGCUUCGGGCAGUCUUUCUCCAUUCCCAAUGCCGACGUCACCUAUGACUCAGCCGACCAGUUACACAAACAAUCUGAAGAUUUUGAAGAGUUGCCCGUAGAAAAAGAUCAGAUUGAACUCAAGCUCAAGAACGGGGUUUCGAUCACGGGCGGUUUUGAUAUGCCCUUCAGCGAUGGCGAGGUGAAGAGAGGGACCGUUGUUGGCGGUGGAGGGAAAUGGUUGAAGCUGUGA